AGAGUGAAAUUAAUAUCGGUUAUCAGUCAGUUUUUCUGAUGUCAAUUUGAAGAGCUCUCAAGUAAUAUUAACGACUAAGUAUGAGAAUCAAAAUAGCGUUAUGCCUCUUGGCUAUAUUUUGCACUGCGAAUGCAAUUUCUUUAAAAAGUUUGCAGCGUCAAAUUGAAACCGCGAAAUUAGACGUGGAAAAUACCAUACGAGAACUCGAACUUUUCCGGAAUAACAUUUGGCAAGACGUAAACCUGACAGUCACGAAAAUAUGGUUGGAACCAAAGAAAGAGUACGAUAACUACGCCACUUCAAUACUCAAUACGAUACAUAAAGAAGUAGAAGACGCCAAGGCCAGUGGUAAGAAUGCUCAACCAUGCUACAAUGUCGCUUUUUAUACUUUUCGGAUUACUGACUACGAAUUGAGGGCUGAAGCACGACUAUGCCUAGAUACCUCAACAUGUUCUAUGAAGCGCAAUCUUAAGUUCAUUGAUAAUUAUAUCACGACCGGACGUGAGUUAAUAAAAGAAUUGGAUGAGAUCCUUCCGGGUUGCUAUGAGAAAGAUUCAAGACUUACCGACAUUUUAAAACUACAUAAUUGUAAAUCUCAGCUUAAGAUGAGUAAGAGUAGCGUGAAAAAAUUGAAGACCGAUGCCAAUUCUGCCAAAGCUACCUUUAAAAACGAGAAAAAUAUCGUCGUUGACAAGUAUACUACUUGCCUACAUAAUGCUUUCUCGACCGCACACUCAAAAGUCGAGAAUGCCAGGUUAGCUGCUACCUGGUGCCUCAACAAACUGUAGGAAUACAUCUUAAAUUUGACCAUUGCAUUAGUCUAUUAUGAUUUAUUACGAUUUGAAGUUAUUUUCUCUAGAAAAAACGUCAUUCUUGAAAAAAAAUGUUUUGCAAUUACCUUUUUUCUAUGAUUAAUAUUUAAGUUAACAGAGUUUACAAUACAUCACGAAAUUUUAUUAUUUACAUCGAGGAUUCUUUCUUUUUUUUUAUAUAAUAUAAAAUGAAUAAAAAUAAUUGCAAAACUGAAAUUGGUUUAUUACAUACAUUAGGAUACUACAUUAUCGUUAACAUCAACAACAUCAACGUGUAUUACUUAAUUAUACGCUUUAGUAAACUGGAAAUUAAAUGAUGUAAUAAAUUUUCUGCAAAAAGA